UAUUUUUGAAACGUCAUGUUGCGAAGCCUGAACAAAACAAAAAUAGGCUUGUUGUUCGCGUAGUGCGUCAGAUUUUGCGAAUGUUUUAUACGAUCUUUUUUUUCUCGAAGAAAAAAGUACUCUGAAUCAAAUUUUCCAAAUAAAAAGUUAGCUGUAGGUGUAUUUUUUGUGUUCAAGGCAUUCCCGAAGAUUGUAAUAGGAAUCUGUGUAGGAGUAGAGGAACAUCAUCAUUCGAGACCUUCCGGACCUCGUUCCGGACAGACUGCAUGCAUGCAAAGGAAUCGAAGCUGGAGAUUUUUAGUAAGGUGAGGUUAAAAGAAAAAUGUUGAAAAACCGGGUGCGACGAGGAAGUGCGGAAUAUAAAAUAAAAGUGCGAUUUUGCGUUGGACCGUUCCGGUGUCUUCAGCGGACUUAUUUAUUAGGGGCUGUCCAUUAAUUACGUUAGGAUUUAUGGUGGAAAGAGAGGGGGGGAAGGUUGAGAAAUCUUAAGUGCCAUACAAAAAUAUUGGUGCUCUUAUAAAAUAAAUCCUCCAAGGGGAAAGAGGGUGUGAAAAAAUAGUGAAAGUUCUCUUACGUAAUUAAUAAACAGCCCCAGCUAGUGAUAAAUAAAUGCGAUGAAAGCACCUGAAUGAUUUGAUGCAGUAUUGCGCCUUCAUUUGAAAUUCCGCACUUUAUCGCAGCCAAGUUAGAAAUUAAAUGAACAAUAUUGUGCUGUAUUUAUCCUGUUAAGCAUUAGCUUGUAAGGGAAACUUUGCAUCUUCUUCUUUUGUUGGGUUCGAGGGACUUUAACCCGAAGGUCAUUCGUCCCUUGAGUUGAUAAAAAACUUUGCAUUAGGAAAAGAAUAACUAGCAACAAUAUUGCGUUGGACAUCGUGCCAGGUUUGCUGUUCAGUGCGCUAUGGAUUGAAAACGUAAAAGGUUGAGCGCGUGGAUGAACUUCGCGUUUCAGCCGCGACGACCAAAUGUGAUAAAUAAAUAAGUGCUCCGAAGACACCGGCUUGAUUUGAUGUCAUCUCGAACUUUUAUUUACGUUUCCGCGUUUGUUGAAACGUCUGUGAUAGUCCAGUAGUGAACUAAAUGCGCGAUACUGUUUUUGAAAAUUCUUGUACGUGUCACGGAACCGAAAAUAAAUCAAAAUAUAGGUUCUUUCCAUUAAUAUUGUCUCUACUAAGCGAUUACCCCAACUUUGGCUAAAACGUGUAAACUAAAUAUGAGUAGGUAGUUUUCGUUUGAUUCCAUUAUUCCUAGCACACCAGACAGUGAAAGGAAUACAAUGAAUCUGACCAGAAAUUUCUUACUAGUUUUUAAUUGGAUUGGAUUGUUUGGCCAUAGUCGCCUCGCCACUUCUCGACUCGAUACCCGUGCACAAGCGUGUGCAAUUAAAAUUAAGGAUAGCAUAGCCGCCUACGGUUUCGCGCGCAAGUUUCAAACGACAAACAUGCGCUACGUGCAUCCACCAAGUCGACACUGAUUUUUCAUUUGGGCCUAAUUGACAUUUUCGAGUUGUCGUCAUCGAUCCUCUCCUUGUGUUAUCACAUAAUGUGUAUUGAGUUUUCCAAAGAUUUUUUGGUUGAAAUGCGAAGAAGACGACUACAUGUUGCUAUAGAAACAAAAAGAAUAAUGAUUUUGUUUGUUUCGAUCAAGUUAUUAGCGAAAGAGAGAGUCGACGAAGAGAAAUCGAUCAAGUCAGUUAGGCCCUUAUGAAAAAUAAUUGUCGAAGUGUAAACGAGGGUACAGAUCCUCAUCCUCUGUUCGUUGGCUAAAACCGCAAUUGAAUAAGUAUGGCAUGAUCUCCUACAAUUUUCUUCCGAAAGGUAACAACUACUGUUUUCUUCAUUUUGAGCCUAAUGGAGCACGACUGACCGACGUACCGAACGAAGGACUUAAGGUCAUCUAAUGCCCCAUAUAUUUGGGCUGAAGGGCCCAUAUAGCCGAGGCGGUAAACGCACGGGUAUUCAGCAUGACCAUGCUGAGGGUGACGGGUUCGAUUCCCGGGUGGUCCAGGAUCUUUUCGUAAAGGAAAUUUCCUUGACUUCCUUGGGCAUAGAGUAUCUCUGUGCCUGCCACAAGAUAUACACGUGCAAAAUGGUCAUUGGCAGAGGAAGCUCUCAGUUAAAAACUGUGUUUUAUAUCCUUCAAAAGAAGAAUAUUAAAGAUGUUGACAGUCCAAGGCUUGUGCAGUCUCCGCUGUGUGGUCCAAUGACCACCCGUAUUUAUACUACCUUAGGUACACAUAAUGAAUCAUACCUAGACAUUUAGAUACAGUCAUGAAUAGUAUUUCAUGUAGGUAGAUAUCAUAUGCACACAACCAUUAGGUAGACACUACAGUCCUUUCCCCUUUAGAAAACUUUAAAAAAUCACAUUCAUCACCAAAAUAAUGAUAGCACAAAUAAACUGACGAGUCCGUCACUUUCAAAGAACAUAUCUGUUUGCUAACAAAGCUGCAAAAACAAAAAGACGAUUUCGCUACCCCAACAUCGACAACUUUAACAAAAAGGUACGAAUAACACCAAAACAUAACAUAUGACAAUUCCGCCACAAAAGAAAAAUUCUGUUCUCCACAAAAAUAAUUUGUUAUAACAACAACCUGAAAAAGAGAGAAUCAGGCUUUGUCCCAGUGAGGACGUUACGCCAAGAAGAGGAAGAGGAGGAUUUGGGCUGAAAACCCUAUAUCGAUUGGGCUGAAUUUUUCACACCCCAAGGAACAUUUCUAUGGGGGGCCCCGUGGGUUUGACUUCUUUUUUCUGGACAUAUAAAUAUGGGCUGGACUAGUAUAUAGUUUAUUCAUUCAUGCAUGCUUUCAUGUAUUUCAAAACUAACGUUAAACACAUAAAUGGUUUCACUCCGUUAUCAUUAAUCAUGUGAGAUUAUGUCAUGUAAGAUGGGAAUUGUUAAUUUUAUUUCGAAAGCAAACAUCUGAUUUAAUUGCAAAUUAAACACUGCGAUUUCUCAAUAACAUGAUUGGAAUACAAUAAAGAAAAAUAUUUCGAUUACGAAUGAGUGUAGUCAGUUUUGUACCUUUUAAUUCCGCCUUCUUUUGCUUACCGUAUUUUGACUACCACUUGUAAUCUUACUCAGUGGCAGUUAUCCAGUGGAACUGAGGACGAUUACAAGUGGUAGUUGAAAUACGCGUAGAGUAAUUGUUCCAUUCGUUGCAGUAGUACCUAUUGUUGCGGAAGAGGCAUUUAAGCACUUUUUCGACUAAAAUGUCACCAAGAAGCAUUUUUAAUAGUUAACGCGGCCGCGUAAAUGAAAACCACGUAAAAAAAGACCUGGCUGUACGUGGUACGACUAUUUUUUAUAUUUGAUUUACACUAAUACUGCAACGAUUGGCACACUUACCCUAUCUGUCAAAGGAUAAGCAAAAGAGGGCGGAAUUAAGGGUAUUCUGCUUAAAGGGUUCGAAAAGCCAACAACAGUAGACGUACGAUAACUGCAACAUGUUAACGUUUCACAAAAUUCGAUAAGUGCAACGUCAGACAGGCGUCAACAGCACGUCAAUUGAUGUUAAAUGAACGUAAAAUUCAUUCUACUGUUCAUUUAGGCUAACUUAGUGCACCGUUUUUAGGGAUAGCGGUGCGAUAAUUGCAAAGUUGUUGCACUUACCGGACUUUUGGUUAAAAAGCAUUGCAGUUGAAUCGUUUGCACCGACCAAACGUCUACUGUAUCUUUUUCAUUUCAAUUCAUCUCAGAUGUUUCAAAUGAAAUCCAUUUCAUAUUACAGAAAUGCAGAGUACAGCCAACAGCCAGAUAGUAGUAGCGACUAUUCAACCUGCAGAACAGAUACCUUCUCCGACACUUCAUCAAAUUCACAUCGCUCCUAACUUAUUGACGCUUAAUCCUAACGAACGUACUUCUGCGCCGGAUCCAGUAGCUAUGCAGCUAUUGGAAGAUGUCAUAGAGGAUCAGAACGUACAACAAGAUAACACGGAAUGUAUCGUGAUGAAAGUGCAAGCAGUUGACGAACAAGAAUCGGAAAGUCAUGAGUCGAUUGGAUGCUCAAAUGAUGUGGAGGUUGAUGAAAAUACCUCUCCGAAUGCGAAACAAAAGUUACCACAAGACAUCGAUUUGCGGAAAAGUUCCAAAAAACAUGCCACGUCGGAGAUGAAGUUUCGGUCUUUUGAGAUUAAUUGGAACAAAGUGAGUGACAACGUACUAACUAAGCUAAACAAUAUCCAGGAAUUUAGAGCCAAACAUCAGGGAGAACCCAUUCCGUCUUCACUGCGGUUGGCAAAGGUUGAUACAACAAAAUUAGUCAACAACGUAGUUGAUCAACUGAGGAUGAUUGAUACAGAAAUCAAGGCGAGUGUGAUGGAAACCGUCGCUCAACAGCUCCUGCGAAAAUAUCCAUGUCUCGAAUUUGUUGAUGACGACGGUUGUGGAAACGGCAUGAGUUACGUUAUUUUCAAGCAUAAGAUGAUCAACCAUAACAAUUAUCUCAACCGUUUCAAAGAUACCUCCAAACAGAAGCCCACGUCCAGCAACAAAGGUCGACAUGUCAAAGCUGGAACUUUGAAAGAAUAUUGGAAUGUCUCUGAUAAAAACUGCGAGAAAGGAGUAUUGUCAAAACUUCGACGCGAUGAGCCUGAACUCCUUACUAGCGAGUUUUUAAGUGCCUCGCAAGCUUUCGUAAGGUACAAACUAAACGAGAGUAAGGUGCUAGGAGAGCUGCUCGCUGAAUAUCCUGUGCUUCGCCGAAGAGGAUUGUUGAGCUACCACUUCAUGCAGGCAACGGGAAUAAACGUGGAGGAUUUGCGGAAAUACUAUUGCACGAAGCGUCCAAAAAUCAUAAGUUUUUCAAAUGUAGCUGGUCGAAGUGUUCCAAAACUCGCUAAUGAUUGCUCUGAUCUGGAGGUCUUCCGAUUUCUCGCCCGUCUCGUAGGAGAAAACAUCGACACUUUGAUUAUUAACAGUGAGGUCGGCACACGAAUUGACGACAUUCGAUUGGAAUCAGCGGGCCCCUUGCUGGUAUCUGUAGAUAUGGGCCAAGGAACGUACAUGUACUAUGUAUAUGCCGACUUCACUCGGAUCACGGAAGGCACCACGGAUAUAAUUUGCGCUCUUCAGGACUUGAUGUGUACGUACUACGUACACAACUACAAAUACUUAAAAACUACAUCAAAGUUUUUGGAAUUAGUGCAGCAGUAUUUCCUGAAAAUCAUUCCGGCGACGGGCUCCAAAUCGAACGCAUACAAGGUCGGAAAUCAGCAGCGCAUUGUACAGAGGACGAUCGAAAGUCUGUCAAACCAUGACGACAAAUAGAAUUAUUGAGAACAGCAUCAAUUGAAUGCGAAAGAUGCAAUGAAACGGUGUAACAAAACAUCUAUGAAUUAGAAAAUAAGAACAAGAAUACGUUGUUUAUGUAGGCUAACUGUAGAAUAAGUUUCGUAGAUUCGUAGAAUACCAAUAAGAGUAAAAACAACAACAAAAAACAGUCAGCAUCAUUGUUGAUUGAAAAGAUGUCAGAGAAAUAUGUAACUAUAGGAAUAAACAGCGCAACUAUUGCUAUCAGCCGCUAUCAAUCAUUUAGAGUAGAACAGCACUCUAAUGUAUCAUACUGAGAACAAAAUAAAUGUAUGUAAAAUGUUAACGAAUUUUCGCGAACAAUAACUACUACUUUCAAUUCGAAAUACCCAUUCACUCUUUUUCUUGCACAUUUGGUGAAAUAUACAUUUUGUAUGAAAGGAACGAUUUGGUCGAAUUGUGAAAACCUCAAAACAGCCAUUUCAAAAUUGAAAGUGGUGUUUCCACUGUUAAUUCUGAGCGUAAUUCUUUUAGUCAAGCGAUAUUCUUAAAAACAAGAUCAAUGGGUGAAGCUUUUGUUUGUAAUUGUUGUUUCGUUAUUUUCACACGUCGAUCUACACCUUUCUCUAAUUACCAUGAUGUUGACAGAUUGCAUGAUGAAUUGCUGUUUGGAAAAGCAAUUAAGCUGAGGAUUAUGCCGUUUUUCAAUAGGGGUAUUCACUAAACAGAUUAAAUUGCUGCGUAAGCCAUGAUUUUCUGCUUAUUUGAAAUGUUUCAUGAAUUUGCGAAUGAAUUAAUCAAAGAUUGCCUUGGUGAUCACGACGUUUAAUCAGUUUAAUCAGUUUACGCUGUUAGGUGAAUCCCCCUAAUGUAAUUAUGUUUUGUAUACACUUAUGUACUAAUUUAUUCACGGAGUUACUAUUAUUUCCGUUUUUUUGUCUGCCUCUCUCUUACUCCUGUUUCAAAAGAGUUGGAGAGACGCUAAUAAAAAAAGCACAAAUAAUAGUAACUCUCUCGACAUUCUCAUUUUUGAUUAUUUAUACAGCUCCGCUUGAGCAAUCACAAAAGUACACGUCGUCGUUGAAUCUUUUUUUCAAUCGUGUAAAAUUAUUGUUCAAGGAAAAAACAUUACGAGUAAAUUUCAAUGGUCGUGUAAAUUUGUGCGAUUUUUCGCAUUCCAUUUAUGUGCAUGCUAUGUAGUUGAAAAUUAAUUGGAUUUUUCUAACUGUGAAGCUGAUGUCUGUUGGUUGU